AUGAAAGCUAUUUUGUUGAUGGAGAAAUUGUUAGAUCAGAUGAUCCAUGCCAGCAUUGUUACUGUUCAAAAAGCGAAGUCAUUUGUGCCAUACAAGAAUGUAAACCGCCAAGAGAAGGGUGUAAACCUCUACCACGAAAGGAAGGACAGUGUUGUCCACAGAACUGCCAAUGAAAAUUUUACCACUGAUGAUGCUGUUACUUCACCAACAUCAGAAGAACCAGAAACAACCGAAGACACUAACAUUAUAACCACAAAUGAAACAGAGACGACUGAUGAACCCGCUACUACUACAUCAGGAGAGCCGGACACAACUGACGACACUUCUGAAGCUACAACAAACGAUACAGAGACGACUGAUGAACCCGCUACUACUACAUUAGGAGAGCCAGACACAACUGAUGAAACUUCUGAAGCUACAACAAACGAUACAGAGACGACUGAUGAACCCGCUACUACUACAUUAGGAGAGCCAGACACAACUGACGACACUUCUAUAACAACCACAAAUGAAACAGAGACGACUGAUGAACCCGCUACUACUACAUUAGGAGAGCCAGACACAACUGACGAUACUUCUGAAGCUACAACAAAUGAAAGAGAGACGACUGAUGAACCCGCUACUACUACAUCAGGAGAGCCAGACACAACUGACGACACUUCUGAAGCUACAACAAACGACACAGAGACGACUGAUGAACCUGCUACUACUACAUUAGAAGAGCCAGACACAACUGACGACACUUCUAUAACUACCACAAACGAAACAGGGACGACUGAUGAACAAGCUUCUACCACAUCAGGAGAGCCACACACAACUGAUGACACUUCUGCUGCUAUCACAAAUGAAACAGAGACAACUGAUGAACCUGCUACAAGUACACCAGAAGAAACAAACGCAACUGACGACACUUCUGUUGUUGCUACAAAAGAAACAGAAACAACUGAUGAACAAGAAACAACGACAGCUGGAGGGUGCUUUAUUGAUGAAAGCUCUUUUGCUGAUGGAGAAAUUGUUGGAUCAGAUGAUCCAUGCCAGCACUGUUAUUGUUCGAAAAGCGAAGUGAUUUGUGCCACACAAGAAUGUAAGCCACCAAGGGAAGGAUGCAAACCUCUACCACGGAAGGAAGGACAGUGUUGCCCUGAUAAAUAUGAAUGUCUACUGGUUCUUAAGUCUUAG